UUUGGGCGGGCGUGUGGGAUGUGGGUGUCCUCACUCCCCUCCGCUGCUUUCUCUCUCUCGCCCUCGCGCUCCCGCCUCCCCCUGCCUCUAGCCCCCUCUCGCUCAUUUGGGCUCACGCCCCCCUCCUCCCUCCAGCUGGCGGGCACCGCGCCGCCUCCCAGACCCGGCGGACCUGCUCCGGGAGCUGGGGCCCCCGCUAGGACCUGCCACUGUGCGCCGGAUGGCAGCGGCUGCAGCAUCCCCGCCGGUGGCGGCGGAGGCCACCGCGGACGCUAUUGUUCCCCGAUGUUAGACGCGCGUACCCUCCUUUGCAUCUGAAACGAACAAUAGCCAGAGAGGAGCUGGGCUCUCCGGACUCCUCGAGAAGACAUUCCCCGGGCAAAAAAAAAAGAAAGAAAAAAGAAAAAAAGAAAAAGUCCCGAGCGACCCAGCGAGUUGUGCAUCCGGACCCUGGAGCGGCUGCCGGCGGCAUGGGGCUGCCGGCGUCCGGGAACCGGGGAGCUGCGGGCGGGAGCCGGAACGUCCUGCAGCUGCUGCUGCUCGGGCUGCUGCUGCGGGGCGCCUGCGGGGCUGCGGCGCCGGGCGAGGCGGCGGCGCCAACCCUCUACCUUUGGAAGACUGGUACAUGGGGGCGUUGCAUGGGAGAUGAAUGUGGUCCAGGAGGCAUUCAGACGCGGGCUGUGUGGUGUGCUCAUGUGGAAGGAUGGACAACAUUACAUGCAAACUGUAAGCAAGCGGAGAAACCUAAUAACCAGCAAAACUGUUUCAAAGUUUGUGACUGGCACAAAGAGUUGUAUGACUGGAGGCUGGGACCCUGGAACCAGUGUCAGCCGGUGAUUUCCAAACGCCUGGAAAAGCCCUCAGAGUGCAUUAAAGGGGAAGAAGGAAUUCAGGUGCGAGAAAUCACAUGCAUCCAUAAAGAGAAAGACAUUCCUGCAGAGGAUAUCAUUUGUGAGUACUUUGAGCCCAAGCCUCUGUUAGAACAGGCUUGCCUCAUCCCCUGCCAGCAAGAUUGCAUUGUAUCUGAGUUUUCUGCCUGGUCAGAAUGUUCCAAGACUUGUGGAAGUGGGCUCCAGCACCGGACAAGACAUGUGGUGGCACCCCCCCAGUUUGGGGGUUCUGGCUGUCCAAACCUGACAGAGUUUCAGGUGUGCCAGUCUGGCCCGUGUGAAGCUGAGGAGAGCAUGUACAGCUUGCAUGUGGCUCCCUGGAGCACGUGCUCCAUGCCUCACUUGAGACAAGUAAGACAAGCCAGAAGACGUGGCAAAAAUAAAGAACGAGGCAAGGACAGAGGGAAAGGAGUGAAGGAUCCAGAGGCUCGUGAACUUAUUAAGAAAAAGAGAAACAGAAACAGACAGAACAGACAAGAGAACAAAUAUUGGGACAUCCAGAUUGGAUAUCAGACCAGAGAGAUUACGUGUACUAACAAGUCAGGGAAAGCUGCUGAUCUAAGUUUUUGCCAGCAAGAGAAGCUGCCAAUGACCUUCCAGUCCUGUGUGAUCACCAAAGAGUGCCAAGUGUCGGAGUGGUCAGAAUGGAGCCCCUGCUCUAACUCCUGUCGUGAUGUGGCAUCCCCUGGAGGUAUCCGUAGAAGGACAAGGACUAUCAAACAAUUUCCUAUCGGGAGUGAGAAGAAGUGUCCAGAUCUUGAGGAAACUGAGCUCUGUGCAUCUCAAGGAGAGGAAGUUACCCCCUGUGCCACAUAUGGCUGGAAAACUGCAGAAUGGACUGAGUGCAGAGUAGAUCCUUUGCUCAGUCAGCAAGACAAAAGGCGAGGUAACCAGACAGCACUCUGUGGAGGAGGCAUCCAGACCCGAGAGGUGUACUGUGUGCAGACCAAUGACAACCUCGUCUCACACUUGAGCUCCCAAAACGAUAAAGAAGCCUCAAAACCAGUGGACUUGAAAUUGUGUACUGGACCUGUGCCUAAUACUACACAGCUAUGCCACAUUCCGUGCCCUACUGAAUGUGAGGUUUCACCCUGGUCAGCUUGGGGACCUUGUACUUUUGAAAACUGUAAUGACCAACAAGGAAAAAAAGGUUUUAAACUGAGGAAGCGACGCAUUACCAAUGAACCCACUGGAGGCCCUGGGGGCACGGGGAACUGCCCUCACUUACUGGAAGCCAUUCCCUGUGAAGAGCCAUCCUGCUAUGAGUGGAAAGCAGUGAGGCUUGGAGACUGUGAACCAGAUAAUGGAAAAGAAUGUGGUCCAGGCACUCAAGUCCAAGAGGUCGUGUGUAUCAACAGUGAUGGAGAAGAAGUUGACAGGCAGCUGUGCAGAGAUGCCAUCUUCCCCAUCCCUGUCGCCUGUGAUGCUCCUUGCCCCAAGGACUGUGUGCUCAGCAUGUGGUCUGCAUGGUCCUCCUGCUCACACACCUGCUCAGGGAAAACCACGGAGGGAAAACAGAUCCGAGCGCGGUCCAUCCUGGCCUACGCGGGUGAGGAAGGUGGGGUUCAUUGUCCAAAUAGCAGUGCUUUGCAAGAAGUGCGCAGCUGCAAUGAUCAUCCCUGUACUGUGUACCACUGGCAGACUGGUCCAUGGGGCCAGUGCAUUGAGGACACCUCGGUUUCGUCCUUCAACUCAACUACAAGUUGGAAUGGGGAAGCUUCUUGUUCUGUCGGCAUGCAAACAAGGAAAGUCAUCUGUGUGCGAGUCAAUGUAGGCCAAGUGGGACCCAAAAAAUGUCCUGAGAGCCUCCGGCCUGAAACAGUGAGACCCUGUCUCCUUCCUUGUAGGAAAGACUGUGUUGUGACUCCAUAUAGUGACUGGACACCAUGCCCCUCUUCGUGUAAAGAAGGUGACUCCGGGGUCAAGAAGCAGUCUCGGCACCGGGUCAUCAUUCAGCUGGCAGCCAAUGGAGGCCGCGACUGCACAGACCCCCUCUAUGAAGAGAAGGUCUGUGAGGCCCCGCCAGUGUGCCAAAGCUACAGGUGGAAAACUCACAAAUGGCGCAGGUGCCAGUUAGUCCCUUGGAGUGUGCAACAGGACAGCCCUGGGGCCCAAGAAGGCUGUGGGCCGGGACGACAGGCAAGAGCCAUUACUUGUCGGAAGCAAGAUGGAGGGCAGGCUGGCAUCCACGAUUGCCUCGGGUAUGCGGGCCCUGUGCCAGCCCUCACCCAAGCCUGCCAGAUCCCCUGCCAAGAUGAUUGUCAGUUUACCAGCUGGUCCAAGUUUUCUUCCUGCAAUGGAGACUGUGGUGCCAUUAGGACCAGAAAGCGCACGAUUGUUGGAAAAAGUAAGAAGAAAGAAAAAUGUAAAAAUUCUCAUUUGUACCCACUGACUGAGACUCAGUAUUGUCCUUGUGACAAAUAUAAUGCACAGCCUGUGGGGAACUGGUCAGACUGCAUUUUACCAGAGGGAAAAGUGGAAGUGUUAUUAGGGAUGAAAGUACAAGGAGACAUCAAAGAAUGUGGGCAAGGAUAUCGUUACCAAGCAAUGGCUUGCUAUGACCAAAAUGGCAGGCUCGUGGAAACGUCCAGAUGUAACAGCCACGGUUACAUUGAGGAGGCCUGCAUCAUCCCCUGCCCCUCAGACUGCAAACUUAGUGAGUGGUCCAACUGGUCUCGCUGCAGUAAGUCCUGUGGAAGUGGUGUGAAGGUUCGGUCUAAAUGGCUACGUGAAAAGCCAUACAAUGGAGGAAGGCCAUGUCCCAAACUGGACCACGUCAACCAGGUAUAUGAGGUCGUCCCUUGCCACAGUGACUGCAACCAGUACAUAUGGGUCACAGAACCAUGGAGUGUGUGCAAGGUGACUUUUGUGAACAUGCGAGAUAACUGUGGAGAGGGCGUACAGACCCGAAAAGUGAGGUGCAUGCAGAACACAGCAGAUGGACCUUCUGACCAAGUAGAGGAUUAUCUCUGUGACCCAGAAGAGAUGCCCCUGGGCUCUAGAGAAUGCAAACUACCAUGCCCAGAGGAUUGUGUGAUAUCUGAAUGGGGUCCAUGGACUAGAUGUGCUUUGCCUUGUAAUCAGAACAGCUUCCGGCAAAGGUCAGCUGUUCCUAUCAGACAACCUGCCGAUGAGGGAAGAUCCUGCCCUGAUACUGUUGAGAAGGAACCAUGCAACUUGAACAAAAACUGCUUCCACUAUGAUUAUAAUGUAACAGACUGGAGUACAUGUCAGCUGAGUGAGAAGGCAGUUUGUGGAAAUGGAAUUAAAACAAGAAUGCUGGAUUGUGUUCGAAGUGAUGGCAGGUCAGUUGACCUGAAAUAUUGUGAAGAGCUCGGCCUGGAGAAGAACUGGCAGAUGAACACCUCCUGCAUGGUGGAGUGCCCUGUGAAUUGCCAGCUUUCUGACUGGUCUCCUUGGUCAGAAUGUUCUCAAACUUGUGGCCUCACAGGAAAAAUGAUCCGGAAACGAACAGUGACCCAGCCCUUUCAGGGUGAUGGAAGACCAUGCCCAGCCCUAAUGGAACAGUCUAAGCCUUGUCCAGUGAAGCCAUGUUAUCAGUGGCAAUACAGCCAAUGGUCUCCAUGUCAAGUACAGGAUGCCCACUGUGGAGAAGGAACCAGAACCAGAAACAUUUCUUGUGUAGUGAGUGAUGGGUCAACUGACGAUUUCAGCAAAGUGGUAGAUGAAGAAUUCUGUGCUGACAUUGAACCCACCGUAAACGGCAAUAAGAAAAUAGUUCUUGAGGAAAGCUGCACUCAGCCUUGCCCAGGUGACUGUUAUCUGAAGGACUGGUCAUCGUGGAGUCUGUGUCAGCUCACCUGUGUGAAUGGUGAAGACUUAGGCUUUGGCGGAAUACAGGUUCGUUCCAGAGCAGUGAUUAUACAGGAACUCGAGAAUCAACAUCUGUGCCCAGAGCAAAUGUUAGAAACAAAAGCAUGUGAUGAUGGACAGUGUUAUGAGUAUAAGUGGAUGGCGAGUGCUUGGAAAGGCUCUUCCCGAACAGUCUGGUGUCAAAGGUCAGAUGGUGUGAAUGUGACAGGGGGUUGCUUGGUGGUACGCCAGCCUGAUGCCGAUAGGUCUUGUAACCCACCGUGUAGCCAACCCCACUCACACUGUAGCGAGGCGAGGACAUGCAGUUGUGAAGAAGGGUAUACUGAAGUCAUGUCUUCUAACGGAACACUGGAGCAGUGCACUCUUAUCCCUGUGGUAGUGAUACCCACCAUAGAGGACAAAAGAGGAGAUGUGAAAACCAGUCGGGCAGUACAUCCAACCCAAUCCUCCAGUAACCCGGCAGGACGGGGAAGGACCUGGUUUCUACAGCCCUUUGGAGCAGAUGGGAAACUAAAGACCUGGGUUUACGGUGUAGCAGCUGGGGCAUUUGUGUUACUCAUCUUUGUUGUCUCCAUGAUUUAUCUAGCUUGCAAAAAGCCAAAGAAACCUCAAAGAAGGCAAAACAACCGGCUGAAACCUUUAACAUUAGCCUAUGAUGGAGAUGCAGACAUGUAAAAUAUUAAUUAUCCUGUCAACAACCAGUUUCAGUUUUCAGACGGUGCAGUAGAUAUUCGGAGGCCACAAAGCUUUCCAAACUGUGUGGAUUAAAAUAAAGCUUAACUUUUUAAAAGAUCAUCAUAUGGAGUGAAAAUCACAGUGCCAUUCAAGAUUUCAAGACAGUACCACUUCCAUAGAGUCCAUCAGCCCUGGGAAUUACAGAUUUAGUUGAAUAUAUGCUGCAUUAUGUGAAUUUUAUCAUCUUUUCUGGUAUUUACCAACUGACAAUUCACCUUGUUCUCUAGAAAUAUAGUGUUGGAAUUGGCCAGUCAGGAUGCCUGAAACAAGCCUCUGUCUGUGAUAUUAAGCGAUAGUUAACAUGUUAGCAUGACCUGUUUAAACCAAGAUCUCUACAAUACUAUAUUCAAACACAACAACAUGUAUACUCAGUUGAAUAAAACACAUUAUGUGCGUGUUAAUGAUUAAUCUUAAGAAAUAAGCUCUCAACUGAAAAGAAAACUCAGUGAGCAAAUUCAACAUCUAGGCAGUGGAUGGUAGCUUUUAUGACCUGCUUUUCAGCGGCAGGGACUCUUUUUCUUACGACUUGAUUCUUAUCUCUCCAAAUUACGAAUGCUGGACAUGUACUAGUAUCUUAGAAGAGUCCUUAAUUCAAUAUUUUAUAGUGAUUAUUGUCUGGAAAACUAAUUUGCUUGUGUUAAUAUGUUUCCUCUUUCCCUAAUUUUCAAACUGGUUGCCUGUAUUUUUUUUUUUUUUUUGCUAUAUGGAAGGCACAUUUUUGCACUAUAUUAGUGCAGCAUGAUAGGCACUUAACCAGUAUUGCCAUAGAAACUGCCUCUUUUCAUAUGGUAUGAAAACAUCUGUGCUCAGAAUGUCAUGGAGACACUUAAAAGUUUUUGUAUCCUGAAGAGAGUAAAGUUCGACAGCAGGAUGGAUUUAGCUAUUUAUCUGCUGUAGACACUUCACCACUGCAAGCAUAUGAAAUCAACAACACGGCAGUAAUUCAAGUGUAUAAGUCCAGAACUCAUUAACCCUCCAAUAUGUGGAUUCCUCUGGUUGGUUUUAUUGUACUUUGAAGGCUGUUUAUGACUAGAUUUUUAUAUUUGUUAUCUUUGUUAUAAAAAAGAAAAGAAAAGAAAAAAGAAAAGGAAAAAAGCUGAUUGUCUUUUUAAUUGAGCAGAAGGAGAAAAUACUGUAGUGAUUUUUGUAACUAAAAGAAAUCAGAAUUGUAUGUUGAUUUUCCUCCUCCCUGAUUUGUUUUCAUUAGAUCCUGUUCAAACAUAUUUCAAGAUAUAUAGUUUAGUUUCUUUCAUCAGUAAAAUAUAAAGCAGUGUUUUUCAUGAAUUAUUUAAAACACUGAAAAUCUAAAAAGAAAAAAAAAGUUGUCUAAGACUACAUUAAACAUCUAGACCAAGGAUGUCAAAUGUUUUCUGUAAAAAAGAAAAAAAAGGCCAGAUAAGAACUAUUUCAGACAGGUUUGUGCUUCUCGAUUCUGCUGUUUGUAGCAGCACCACCAUAGACAAAACACAACACAUAAAAGAAGGAGCAUGACUGCUUUCCAAAAAUCUUCAAGAGUUCAAAAAAAAGUCAGGGGAAGGGAUGUAGCACAGCAGUAGAGCACUUA